AUGGAUGCAAAAUCGGAUGUCCAAUCGGCAGGCAAGGAACAGCAUAACAUUGAUCUUGCUAAUUUCAAUUUUGGAGCUUUCCAGUUAUCUACGAAUAGCCAAAUCGCCAACAAUUCGAUCAGCAUGCCUCCUAUGGCGCAGCGCAACAUCUUUUAUGAUCAACAUAAUCCGGUUCAAAUGCACAAACCUAUGAAUCCUCAAGCUGUUUUAAUAACUUUAUGUAUGGGUGCUGAAUUGUUCGACAAAAUUCUUCUGUAG